AGAAAUCCAUAUGAAGAAUCAAAUUGGCUGCUGAAGCCUUUCCAGCGAUCUGAUCCCUCUACUGGGAAACCAGGCGAGCAUGAAACCUUCAUGUUGCAUAUUCAGGCAGGAGCAAGUACCCUUCGUAGAGCGGAAACUGUUCUCGUCUUCUCGGGUGCGAAGACAGAGCGGGAUGCUCCUUUGAGCGAAGCUGACAGCUAUCGAAAUGUCCUAAUGCAAUGCUUCGGCGAAUCCGACGUUGUACAGCGGGCAAUAGCAGACGGCAGAAUAGUGUGCGAAGAUGCUGCAACAGACAGUUACCAGAAUUUGCUCUUCUCUCUCAUCAAGUAUUACGAGAUCAAAAGCAAGUGGCCGCAGAUGAUUACUGUAAUCACACACAGCUUCAAGGAGGCUCGAUUCCUAGAGUGCCACGCAGAUGCCAUCCGCUGGCCUGGGGACAGAAUACGCGUACAAGGGAUUAAUCCUCCCUUCCCUCUUUUGGAACUACGAGACGUACAGCGACUCGAGAAGCAAACUUUAGAUCUCUUCGAGAAGGACCCUCACGGAGCCAAUGCUCCCUUGUCAACCAAAAGGGUAGCCAGACAAUGGUUGUCGGACGUUGAUAUACUUCGUGACAUACCGAAUUCGUCGGUAAGACAAUCUUUAGAGUUAUUGCUCAGCACUCGCGAGCGGCAGCCAUUCUCAGGACCUCUGCCAUGGAGUGAGGAGAGUAUUUAG